CAUCCUGACCGAUCGUCAAACCUCCUCCAUGCCUCCCUAGGAUUGCUUCCAUCACCAUCUCCCAAGCAGACCCUCAUCAUGGACCGCCUCAAGAAGCUCUUCGCCGGCGAGGACGAGCAACGAUACUCCGCCCUCCACACCAACGAUAUCGAAGGCGAUGAAGAACACCCAUCAUCACAACUAAACGACAAACCUCUGCCCGUCCGCCAUGUCGAAUACUCCAUCUUCCUCCUCCUCGGCAUCUCCAUGCUCUGGGCCUGGAACAUGUUUCUCGCCGCAGGCCCAUAUUUCCAGCACCGCUUCCGGUCCAACAAGUCCAUCUACGCCAACUUUCAAGCCGCCGAAAUCACCGUCUCCACCGUCACGAAUCUCGGAUCGAUGCUGAUCCUCACGAAACUCCAACGCGCAGCGAAUUACCCGAAUCGAAUUGUUCUCAGUCUGUUGAUCAACAUGGCCGUCUUCGCGUUACUGGCGGCGAGCACGGCGGUGGAAGUCUCCGCGGAAGUCUACUUUGUGUUCCUCAUGGGGAUGAUUUUCGCCGCGAGUUUGGCAACGGGACUGUGUCAGAAUGGCGUGUUUGCGUACGUGUCUGGGUUUGGAGAGCCGAAGUUUACGCAGGCGAUUAUGACGGGCCAGGCGGUGGCGGGCGUGUUGCCGUGUAUUGCGCAGAUUGUGUCAGUCCUGGCCGUACAGCACUCGAAGUCCGGUCAGUCAGAGAGACAUGGUGACAAAGGAGAGUUGCCAACUGGUCCAACUCCGGUGAACUGGAAAGCGGCGCUGGCAUACUUCCUCACCGCAACCCUCAUCUCCAUCGCCACGCUGCUCGCUUUCACCUACCUCCUCGCUCGCACGCGCCCUUCCAUCUCCUCCUCCUCAACAACGCCCAACACGCCCACCGCAUCCACAGCCGAUCUCCGCGCCACAACGACUUCCCUCAAGAAACCCAUCCCCCUCACCCUCCUCCUCCGCAAACUCCUCCCCCUCUCCUCCGCCGUCUUCCUCACCUUCGCCGUAACAAUGGUCUUCCCCGUCCUCACCCAACGCAUCCUCUCCACCCACCCUCCCCACUCCCAACCACCUAUCCUCCAACCUCCGUCUUUCAUCCCUCUCGCCCUGCUACUCUGGAAUAUUGGCGACUUGACCGGGCGGCUACUCACCGGCUUACCCGCUAUAUCCCUCGUCCAUCGACCCUGGAUUGUCCUCGCGAUGGCGAUCGCGCGGGUAGGGUGGGUGGGAUUAUACCAUCUGUGCAAUCUUGAUGGUAAAGGGGCGGUGGUGGAGAGUGAUGUGUUUUAUCUGGUGGUGGUGCAAUUGGGGUUCGGGUUGAGUAAUGGGUUCAUUGGGAGUACGUGUAUGAUUGGCGCGGCGGAACAUGUUGAUGAAGAGGAGAGGGAGGCGGCGGGUGGGUUUAUGGGAUUGUGUCUGGUGGGGGGAUUGGCGGUGGGGAGUGGGUUGAGCUUUUUUAUUACUUGA